AGAGCGCGCCGCUACUGCCGCCGCCGCCAUGAAUAGCGUAGGGGAGGCCUGCACCGACAUGAAGCGCGAGUACGACCAGUGCUUCAAUCGCUGGUUUGCCGAAAAGUUCCUCAAGGGGGACGGCUCCGGAGACCCGUGCACCGACCUCUUCAAGCGCUAUCAGCAGUGUGUUCAGAAGGCAAUAAAGGAGAAAGAGAUUCCCAUUGAAGGACUGGAAUUCAUGGGCCAUGGCAAAGAAAAGCCUGAAAGCUCUUCUUGACCUUGACAGUCACCUUGAAAAUAGACUCCUCCAAUCAGGAAAUUGAGGACACUGGAUUUCGGCAAUUAAGGCUGUGAAAAUAGCCAUCGAUUUGAUGAUGAGUUUAGGAGGAAGGAGUUUUCUUUCCUCCUUGAUUUCUCUCACUUGUAAAAGAUGAUGAACCCCAUCACUCUGCUAUGAGUUGAUUUCUCACUUGCUCUGGCAUCCUGCAGGAACUCCAUGUGCUUAAACUGAAUGACUUCUUGGGAUUAUGGUUGCAAUACUUGGUCUGGGAUCAGCUUUAAAUAUCCUUUGUAUGUAAAUACUGAUAAACCUGUCCAGAUGAUCAGGGCUGCCUGACCUCUUGAGUUUUGCUGCAAAGGACAUUAGGUACAUUGUACCUAAAGGGUUAUUAUUCAUGGAAACAAUUGGUUAGGAUCUCUCUUUUCUCUCAGGGAGCUAAAGCUCUGAAAAGGGAUCCCAGCACAACAGUUUUAAUCAAUGCUUGGGAGCACGGUUUUAUUUUUAUAAUAACAACUUUUAAGAUUGCUGGUGGACUGGUAGCCAAGAGGAAGACAGCUUUAAGAGUUCUCUGCCUUAAGAAGAGGUGUCAGAUUUCUGAUUAAGAUGUGAAAGCUUGAAGAAUGUUGCACACCAUUUCUGAGCUCAUAGUGUAGUUUAGGAAUGAAGAUCCUUGGAGUAACAAUGGAGAAAGAUCCUAAAUUGCAAAGAUUUGCUGUUGCCAGCUUUCAGCCCAAAUUAAGCAAGCGAACCUGUAUUAUCAUUAAACUGCCAAAAUGCUGCCUUUAGUAAAAUGGGAGAAGUUUGUUUUAUUUGCCUUGUGUACCUAUCCUGCCUGUAAUGUUUGUAAUCAUGAAGAUGGAAUAAACUGUAACAUUUAGUUUCA